AUGUCUCCGUCAGCAACAUCCCAAAGCAAGCCGCCAGUGCGCAUCGCACAGAUAGCUGCCUCCAAUGUGGACCGCCAUGAGAUCUUCGCGAUGCUGGCCAACGCGCAGCCAAAGGAAGCCGACGUCUUCUGCGGCGACUGGAUGUCUGAGUGGAACAUGUGUGCUCGUGGAGCAGGUAAAGCAAUGGGCUUGGAGGAGUUCUCUUACGAGGAGACAUUCGUUCAUGCAAUUACUCCUGCUUUGGAAGGUUUGAAGAAGAAUGGUAUCAAGGUAGCUGUCAAUGCUGGAGCUACUGAUACGGAGAAGCUUCAUGAGAGGAUUGUUGGGAUUGUGAAGGAGAAGGGGUUGGAUUUGAACGUUGCGUAUGUUGAUGGAGAUGUUGUCACCGACACUGUCAAGAAGCUCAUGCGGGAAGGGAGGGCGUUCAAGCACUACGUUGAUUCCAUCGAUUAUGUCAAAGGUGGUGAGGAAGUUCUUUUUGCACAGUGUUACUUGGGGGCGUGGGGUGUUGCACGCGCUCUCCGCGAAGGCGCCGAUAUUGUACUGUGCGGCCGUGUAGCAGACGCCAGUCCAGCUGUCGGCGCAGCCGCUUGGUGGCACGGCUGGCGAGAAGACCAGCAUCAAGAGCUGGCAUGUGCUCUGAUGGCCGGGCAUCUGAUCGAGUGUACUGGGUACAUGACCGGAGCCAACUUUACCGGCUUCAAACGCUUUCCUAAGAACGUGGAAACUGGCUUUCCCAUCGCCGAAGUCGCAGCAGACGGGGAUGUCGUCCUUACUAAGGCCAGCUUCUUCGACGCCGAGGUGUCAGUGGAGACCUGUACGAGCCAGCUCAUGUAUGAGAUCCAAGGACCCUGGUACUUCAAUAGCGAUGUGACUGCAGAGAUCACGAACGCCAAACUGGAGUCAGUCGGUAAGAACCGAGUGAGACUGAGCGGGAUUCAGGGCAUGCCACCUCCGCCGACGACCAAGGUCGGUUUCACCGUCCAGGGAGGCUACCAAGCCGAGAUGCAUUGGUUCCUUGUCGGGCUUGACGUGAAAGAAAAGGCCGAGAUGCUCGAGGCCCAGGUCAGGGAGCGUCUCAAAGCCGUUACAGGUCUGGACAAGUUCCACUGCCUCGUCUUCGACACUUACGGAUCAGUUGCAGAGGACGCCAGGACGCAGGCCUCUGCUACUGUCGAUUUCAGAGUAUUUGCUCAGGCGAGAGACCGAGAGGCCAUCAGCCACAAGAAGUUCUUCCGGCCUUGCAUCGAUGUGCUCAACAUCACCUAUCCGGCAGCGACAUUCCAUCUUGACACCAGACAGAGCGAGCCGAAGGUGUAUUACGAGUACUACGUCUCACUCAUGGAGCAGUCCUUGGUGAAGCAGCAAGUCCAUGUCGGCGGACAGGACAUUGAUAUCCCUACUCCCACUUCCACGAAGACAUAUCCGGCAGAGCAACCUACACACGAUGAGCCAGGACCUGCAGAUCUGAAGUCCUUUGGCCCAACCACGCUGGCUCCGAUCGGCUACGUCGUUCAUGCGAGAUCCGGAGACAAGUCCAGCAACGUCAAUAUCGGCCUCUUCGUCCGCCAUGCGGAUGAGUACGAGUGGCUCCGCAGCCUGCUUUCCACUGCGAAGAUCAAAGAGCUGCUGCGAGACGAAUACAAGGGCGGGCGCAUCGACCGCUACGAGUUCAAGAACGUCCUGGCCGUCCACUUUGUCUUACACGAUCACAUGGAUCGCGGUGUGAACAGCAAUAGUACAUACGAUUUCUUGGGCAAGUGUGUGGCCGAGUUCGUAAGGUACCAGAAGAUUGAGGUGCCGAACAAGUUCCUCGACCGGGGAAAGAUAUAG